UUUUAUGUCGCUAGGAACAUAUAUAUUUAAAUCAGAGCUUUACAACCAUACUUACGAAGCUCGUCGCUAGUGGUUACUUGUAGUGUACCGCAAAUCGUUUUCAGAAUAGUUAAUUAAGAAACGUCAGCCGGUUAGGUAAUCGGCUAUUUUACACGGUUUAUACGCGUUUUAUACAUUCUUUGGCACUUUUACACAAUUCCGCGGUGACCGCCUUCACUACAGUAUGUGUUCGUGCUGCUAGUCCGCGGUGACCAGCGAAACAAUGAUGACUUUUUAAUCAAAGCUAAUUAAAUGUUGUACCCGGUAGUGAGGGCAGCAAGGCCUGCGCCAGCACUGCGGAGCAGGGCUGCUGGAGGUUGACCAUGUGUCUGGGUGGGUCUCCAUGGAGCCGUCCAACUCGCAGGCAUUGCUAGAGUGAACAGCAUCUGAACAGCAGUUGAGAUGGACCUAGUCUUUGGGUCAGUGAGGCCGUACGGGUCCGCUCGGAGCAUCGUAAGAAGAAUUGGAACACGCCUUCCUCUGGCCCCGUGCCCCCGAGUCCGAUUUCAGCUGCAGCCUUUCAUGGAAGGUGCCCGGGCGCUGGGCAGCUCACGUCGGCGCAGUGAGCUCAUCGCAUCUCUGGCCGACGUUGCCUCGAUAGACGGAGAGGACGAUGCCUCGACAGGCCUCAGGCCCGGAUCUCGCCCGGGAUUCAUAGUUUGCUCCCACCAGCGGCAGCCCCGAAGGAGGUCCUCCAGGAAACGGAGGUCGCUGCAUGUAGAGGAGACGGACCACAGGGAGCCGUCGCCUGGCAGCAGGGAGACCAUCCAGAAGAUCAGCGCCCUGGAGAAUGAGCUGGCCAAACUCAGGGAACAGAUCGCUCAGAUCGUCCUGGCCCAGGAGCAGAGCGCCCAGGCUGUACCAACACCCACUGGACCUGGACCUGGACCUGGACCUCCCCCUCCCCCUCCCCCUCCACCACCUCUGCCCAGCCUGCAGCCAAACUCUUCAGCCAUUGACCUCAUCAGAGAGCGCCGUGGUAAGAAUGCGGCUGUGGGGCCACAGCCGGAGCCCCGGGGGCCUCCAGAGAUGCCCAGCAUGCUGGAAGUACUGAAGGACAUGGGGAAGGUGAAGCUGCGUGCAGUGAGGCGCCCAGAGGGGGGCGACACCAAACCCAGUGACCCCACUGAUCCCGCUGCUCUCAUUGCGGAUGCCCUCAGACGCAAAUUUGCAUAUCGCUAUGGGAACGAGAGCCGGGCCGAGGGGGACGGCCAGUCUGUGGGCCACAACACUAAAGCUGACCGUGGUGAGACCCCCAUGUUCGGACAGCACAUGCUCAAGUCGACUCCCCAGAGGAAUCUCCUAUAGGCCAGAUGAGGCAGGGCUGCGCCUCCGGUCGUCACGAUGUCCCGCGGUGAACGUGUGACCUGCUAAACCAUGGAGCCCUCACAACAUUGACCAUUCGGUAGUUUGCUGUCAUUUUAAGGCCAUUCCUUCCUAUUUCCCUUGAAUUGCACCCCUUUAACACAUUUAUCACAUUAAACCAUCCAGCCGAGAUUGGGAGUGUUUCCCCUGAGCCCCUACAGCCAUAAGCUCACACCAAAGAACAGUCUUACCUAAACGCUCAGCUGGAUGGUUUAAUGUGACCAUUUUCUCUAAAGCCCCCUCUGGUGGUGCUUAGAGGAAAUGCUGGGGAGUGUCAUCUGUUACAAUAGGACAGUGGGAUAUAUAUGCAAAAUAUUGUUUGAAUAGUUAUUAUACUUAAUUAUUUAUUAUUAGCUGCUCACGGAUACAUUUUAUGUGCCAUUUUGAUUUUAGUUUUUAGCCUGAUGGAAUCUGAAUGUCUGCUUAUAUUGAUUGAACACGAAUAACUGAUCAUAUUGGUGAGUGGGACGUAGUGUCACGUGCGUCAUCUGUAUGAGGUGCCGCCGUGUUUAGUGACAGGAAACGCCACUGGCCUGGUCACACCGCAUCUCCCUGCAUCUCAUUCAGUACUUUGAGCUGCUAUCCUUAAGUGACAUGAAGUCCAAACUUCAUUUGAAUCUUAAAGAACCUAUUUCAGUUCUUUUUUGUAAGUUUAAACUUUUCCUCGAAUUGCUUUUACUUGUUUAGUAAUUUUCCAGGGAUUAGUUUAAGGUUCAUUUGAACUGGUCCUUCAUUACUGGUACAGAUAAACUGGACCGCUGUGUGACUUGUGAUAAGGAGACAUUGAUUCAAAUGUAAUGGAAGAAAACUGGAUAAUCGUGUUUAGUAAAGUUGUAUAUUACGGUAA